AAUGCAUCAGUUGGGGAAAUGCAACGGAGAUUUUUGAUUCGAAUGAUGAGGAGAUUUGAUUAUGGGGUUUUGUCCCAUCGUAAAGAUUUAAGCUUACGGACAGACCCUCAUCUAGACUAUGAAGAUUUGAGAAUUGCAGUUGCUAACAAUACAACUAAAGAGACAUACUCUAUUGCAAUAGGAGACGACACUAUAGAAGAAAAUAGAGAAAAUGGGAGCUUGCUAGAUGAUUUCACAUAUGAUCCCUCAAGUGAUGCAUUUAUUCCAUCAAGUACCCAAGAUCCUUUUCCACCAUCUCCCGAGAAUUCUUUCAUGCCAACUUCAACUCAACAACAAUGCUUGGAGCCCCGUCCACCUACAAGAAAACGAGCUAAAACUGGUUCUCAAACUAAGGCUGCCUCAUUUGAUCCUAAAGAUACCCAAGACCUCAUAAAAAAGCUUACAUCAAAUGUGGAAAAGUUUACUCGUGCUAUUGAAUCAAUUGACACAAAAGAGUACAACUGUUGGGAUCUGAUUAAGGAGAUUCCAGGCUUAACUUCUGAGGAUCGUUUCACAGUCUUGAUUUGCUUAAUACCAACGCAAAAAAGUCAGAGUUUUUUAACUGGAUGA